AUGGCAAUUCACUGCUACUACUGCAUGCCGGGACCGUCUGGUGACCUCUGCAAGUACGUCACAAGCAUCAUUGACUGCGACACAUCCCCUGACGCACCCGAAGGGGUUAAAUUUGACGCAUGUGGAAAAGUAUCAUACCAAUUCAACGUUACAGGCAACGAAUUAACAAUUAAUACAUUCACUUGCGCAGUUCGGGUAUGUUCAUGGCAAUCUUUUUACUGUGGUAAAUUUAGUUUAUGAACUCAGUGAUAAUGGUAAUGAGUGUUUUGCAAGGGUUUUCCUUUAAGUCUUCCAAACUUCCGUAUCCCAUCGUGAGCAAAUAUGUUAUGUUAUCUAUGUUAUGACUGAUUUAUCCCGUGGAUCAGUAGAACUCUCCACCUUUUGAACAAAUGGCGCCUGCUGAUUCGAUUGUCCGCGACAUAGAGAAACGAUGAAAAAAGAAACUGAACAAAACUGAGCUGAAAAAUCUUGCCGGAUUAAAUAACGCGUACGAAAGACUACGCUAUAACCUUUUUCUAAAUUCAAGCUGAUCAUUGCGGAAAAGUGUCGACUGUGACUUAAAGGAUUAGCCCUUCUGAUGGGCUCAUGAUUAUGCCAUCAUUCUCUCUUGGUUUUAAUUAUUCAAUAAUCCUACCAGGUUGCUCUUUAUGGCAAAGAAGGCUUAAACAUGGUUUAUUAGCAUUGACUAAUUUGGUUUAUUUUCGGCAGUCAAUGUGUGGAAUGAUGAACGACACAGCUUGUGAUGAAUCAAAAGGGACUUAA